AUGGAGGAAAAGCCUGAGCUCAUCCACGGAACAAUUGAAGCUACCAUCUUCAAUGCUACACCUUACUCACCUUCAUUUCCCUUCAAUUGUAUAUGUACAAAUGGGAAGCCUUCUUAUGUGACCAUCAAGAUAGACAACAAGAGGGUGGUAAAAACGACCCAAGAAAGUGAACGUGUAUGGAACCAGACCUUUCAGAUUCAUUGUGCUCAUCCAGCUGAUUCAAUUAUCACCAUUACACUGAGAACAUCAUGCUGCAUAUUGGGGAAAUUCAAUAUACAGUUUCAGCUGCUGAAGGAAGAGAGUUUGAUCAAUGGAUUCUUUCCUCUCCUUAAGGAAAAUGGAAAACCAAACCCACAACUAAAAUUAAGAUUUAUAUUAUGGUUCAAGCCAGCAGAUUUGGAACCAAGUUGGGAAAAGCUACUAAGCAAUGGAGAAUUUCAAGGGCUGAAGGAUGCUACAUUCCCACAAAGGUCAAAUUGUCAGGUUAAGCUCUAUCAUGAUGCUCACCAUCCAUCUUCUUUCCAACCUCCUUUUGAUAUAUUUGAAGGUCCAAGAAAGCUAUGGGAGGAUGUAUAUAAAGCCAUUGAGGGUUCAAAGUAUUUAGUUUAUAUUGCAGGCUGGUCCUUUAAUCCAAAGAUGGUUCUGGUUAGAGACCCUCAAACAGAAAUCCCACAUGCCAGAGAAAUAAAGCUGGGUGAGUUAUUGAUGAAGAAGGCAGAGGAAGGAGUAGCUGUAAGGGUUAUGAUUUGGGAUGAUGAAACAUCGUUUCCUUUUAUUAAGAACAAAGGUGUAAUGAACACUCAUGAUGAAGAUGCUUUUGCUUACUUCAAACACACAAAAGUAAUAUGCAAAAAGUGUCCUAGAUUACACCACAAGUUCCCCCCACUCUUUAGUCACCAUCAGAAGACCAUAACUGUGGACACUAGAGUGCCCAACUCUGCUAAUGACAGAGAAAUUAUGAGCUUUUUGGGUGGUGUAGAUUUGUGUGAUGGCCGUUAUGAUACAGAGAAACAUUCUUUGUUUCAAACACUUACUGAGGAAUCCCAUUACCAUGACUUCUACCAGACAAACAUUGCAGGAGCUAGCCUCAACAAAGGUGGGCCAAGGGAGCCUUGGCAUGAUGCUCAUGCUUGUCUUACUGGUGAGGCUGCUUGGGACGUGUUAACAAAUUUUGAACAAAGAUGGACAAAGCAAUGUGACCCUUCUCUUCUUGUCCCUGCUAACACAUUAACAAAUCUCAUUCUGGAUUUCUCAAGCACUCACAUAGAGAGGAAUUGGAAAGUUCAAGUAUACAGGUCAAUUGACCAUGUCUCAGCUAGUCAGUUGUUUAGAAAGCUAACUGUGGAGAGAAGCAUUCAUGAAGCUUAUGUUGAAGCAAUUAGGCGUGCUGAUAGGUUUUUAUACAUUGAAAACCAAUAUUUCAUUGGAGGAUGCCAUUUGUGGCAGAAAGAUAAGCAUAGUGGCUGCGGAAAUCUGAUUCCCAUUGAGAUAGCACUCAAAGUUGUUAGUAAGAUUAAAGCAAGAGAGAGAUUUGCAGCAUACAUAAUCAUACCAAUGUGGCCAGAAGGAGUACCUGAAAGUGAACCAGUUCAAGAUAUACUGCAUUGGACUAGAGAAACAAUGACAAUGAUGUAUAAGUUGAUUGGAGAAGCAAUAAUUGAAAGUGGGGAACCAGGGCAUCCAAGAGACUACUUGAAUUUCUUCUGCCUUGCAAAUAGGGAAAAGAAGGGAAAAGAGGAGUAUCUUCCACCACAUUCUCCCCAUCCUGAAACACUAUACUGGAAUGCACAAAAAAAUAGAAGGUUCAUGGUUUAUGUUCACUCCAAGCUCAUGAUAGUGGACGACCUAUACAUAUUAAUAGGAUCAGCAAAUGUGAACCAAAGAUCCAUGGACGGGGAAAGGGACACUGAGAUUGCCAUAGGGGGCUACCAGUCUCAAGAUGGAGUUGAUCACCAAAUGAACCAUGGUGAUGUUCAUGCAUACAGAAUGUCACUGUGGUAUGAGCACACAGGUAGAGCUGAGGAAUUGUUCUUAGAACCAGAAAGUUUGGAAUGUGUGCAGAAAAUGCGCUCAAUAGGAGAUCAAAUGUGGAAUAUAUACUCUAGUGAAGAAAUUGUGGACAUGGAAGGAGUGCACCUUGUAACUUACCCAGUGAAAGUAACCCAAAAAGGCUAUGUGGAGGACCUGAGCAAUGGUGGAGAUCAUUUUCCUGAUACAAAAUCUCUAGUGAAGGGGAAGAGAUCUAAAUUGUUACCCUCUAUCUUUACCACUUAG